ACAUGCCUGGUGGGCCCUCUUUCAGUGGGUGCAGCUGCAGCUCACGAGCAGCAGAGGUUUCCUCCUCGAGCGAUGGCGUCAACUGAGAUAGCACGGCAAGCGGGAGAAGGCGCUCGCGCUGUCCCCCUGUCUGGCCAUGUUGGCUUUGACAGUAUGCCUGACCAGCUGGUCAAUAAGUCUGUCAAUCACGGAUUUCUGCUCAACAUCCUCUGUGUCGGUGAGACGGGGCUGGGAAAAUCCACCUUGAUGGAUACCUUGUUCAAUACUAAGUUUGAGGGUGAGCCGACGCAGCACAACCAGCCAGGAGUAACGCUGAAGUCCAACACCUAUGAACUCCAAGAGAGUAAUGUGCGCCAACUCACUGUUGUCAACACUGUAGGGUUUGGAGAUCAGAUCAAUAAAGAAGACAGCUACAAGUCCCUUGUGGAAUUUAUUGAUGCCCAGUUUGAAGCGUAUCUGCAGGAGGAACUGAAAAUCAAGCGCACGCUGCACAGCUACCAUGAUACCCGAACAGCGUGUCUAUACUUCAUUGCUCCCACUGGUCACUCACUCAAGUCCCUGGACUUGUAACCAUGAAGAAACUUGAUAGCCAAAGUCAACAUCAUUCCAAUCAUUGCCAAGUCUGAUGCCAUCUCCAAAAGUGAGUUGACCAAGUUCAAAAUCAAGAUUACCAGUGAGCUGGUGAGCAACGGAGUGCAGAUCUACCAGUUCCCCACUGAUGACGAGUCUGUGGCAGAGAUCAACUCCACAAUGAAUAGCCAUUUACCAUUUGCAGUGGUGGGUAGCACGGAAGAGGUGAAGAUUGGGAACAAAAUGGUGAAGGCCCGGCAGUACCCCUGGGGGACAGUGCAGGUGGAAAAUGAGAAUCACUGUGACUUUGUCAAACUGCGAGAAAUGCUGAUCAGAGUGAACAUGGAAGAUCUGCGAGAGCAAACCCACACACGCCAUUAUGAGCUGUACCGCCGCUGCAAACUGGAGGAGAUGGGCUUUAAGGACACAGACCCUGACAGCAAACCCUUCAGUCUGCAGGAGACAUAUGAAGCUAAGAGGAAUGAGUUCAUGGGUGAGUUGCAGAAGAAGGAAGAGGAAAUGAGGCAAAUGUUUGUCCAGAGAGUAAAAGAGAAAGAAGCUGAGCUCAAAGAAGCAGAAAAAGAGCUGCAUGAGAAAUUUGACCGUUUGAAGAAGCUUCACCAGGAUGAGAAAAAGAAACUGGAAGAAAAGAAGAAGACCCUGGAUGACGAGCUCAACAUGUUCAAGCAGAAGAAGACUGCUGCAGAGCUCUUGCAGAACCAAGCUCAACAAGCAGGGGGCUCCACCACACUGAAGAGGGACAAAGAGAGGAAAAACUUCUUUUAAUCUGUCUUGACAACCUGAAGAGGGGAUUGCAGCUUCCACAAGAACUAAGCAACCAAUACCUCUUCCUUUCUUGCUGUAUCAACCCCUUUUUUAUUAUUUCAUUGCUUCGCUCUUUUUUUUAAUGGCCUUAUAUGUGGACUCACAUGGUAUUUUUUGACCACCUGUUAUAGCCAGACAGGUUCAGAAAUGGGCACAUGUAAAUCUAUGUCUUAAUGUAUAUAAUCUCCCAUAGAUAAAAGAUUAAAAGUUAAUGUCAAUCAGUAGAU